GAUCUCUUUGAUCUGGAAGAUUGAAGUUCCCAUGCUGAAUGCCGAAGCCUCGCAGUCAUACCAGGAGAACCAGUUACCGCAGACAACCAAGCGAUUGGGGGAGAUGCUGAGAGGACGGACGGCUCAGCGAAUGCCAGUGUACUAAGGCUACGAUCAUGAUAUCUGUGUCAGUCUAUGACUCGUUAAGACACGCGAGCACGAUGCGGCCUCACUGGCCGUGAGUACAUGUAGACCGGUCAGGCUGCGCCUCAAUAGCAGCUGCGCAUGAAGUGGAGCAGUUCAUGCAGGUCGCGAUGAACGUGAACGGAAGCAGAGAGCCGGACAGUCGCGUUGGCCUCCGUCUCGGCCCGGCAUCCACAACGUCAGGUCGUUCCGUUCCCACACAUUGCUCUUCCAUCAUCUCUACACAACAGACCGCCGGCCCGAUGAGACGCACUGACCUGCGAGUAGCGGCAUGUAACGUGAUGAACAGCCCCGAUGCGUCACCUGCAGAAUUACACAAGCUGAGUAAAAGCUGGGCAUUCCAUCUCCUGCCAACAUGGUCUGAGGGAGCCCCUCCAUGCAUGAAGGAUGCAGCCUAGGCGCUUAGGGACGCCUUGAUGGCCUCGUGGCGUGUUCCACAUAUGCGGUAUCCCAGCUACCCCUCGUACCUGCCGGCGUCUCUGAUCUAUCUUAAAUACCACC